AUUCAAUCUCGCUUAUUAUCACUAUUUCCACCUCUUUGUCUACACUCCUUCACUUUCAUAAAAUCAGGUGACAGUUAAUGAAAUUGUUUUAUACUAGCUUGCUGAAAGAUAUUGGAUAUCGGACGGUUUUGUUGUUUGGAUGAAUGCAUAGUCGCCAUCUGUGUCCUUCUCGUUUGACUGCAGGCCUAAUACAUUAGUCUUAUGGCUGACGAAGCUGAGCUUUUGGAUUACGAAGAUGAGGAGCAGGAAACAGUUCAAGAGGCAAGACCUAAUGGCGAGGCUGUAGCCAAAAAGGGUGUCAAAGGGGCGUAUGUUACCAUACACAGUUCUGGAUUUCGUGACUUUAUUCUCAAACCGGAAUUAUUAAGAGCCAUCGUUGAUUGUGGCUUUGAGCAUCCAUCAGAAGUUCAACAUGAAUGUAUUCCCCAAGCUAUUUUAAGUAUGGACGUUUUGUGUCAAGCAAAGUCUGGAAUGGGAAAGACUGCAGUAUUCGUCAUAGCCACACUUCAACAGCUUGAUCCCGAAGGAGAAGCUUAUACAAGUGUACUCGUCCUCUGUCAUACGAGAGAACUUGCCUUCCAAAUCAGUAAAGAAUAUGAACGAUUCUCAAAAUACAUGCCGAAGAUAAAGGUUGGUGUGUUUUUUGGUGGGAUGCCAAUACGCAAGGAUAUUGAAACGUUAACAAAAUCUCCCGUUCAUAUCGUUGUGGGCACUCCUGGUCGUAUUCUGGAUUUAGUAAGGAGUAAAACAUUGAAACUACAACAUGUUAAACACUUCAUCAUUGAUGAAUGUGACAAAAUGCUAGAUACGCUCGAUAUGCGGCGUGAUGUUCAGGAAAUUUUCCGCAUGACUCCACAUCAAAAACAGGUCAUGAUGUUCAGCGCAACAAUGAGCAAAGAAAUUCGCCCAGUGUGCAGAAACUUUAUGCAAGAUCCGUUGGAAAUAUUCAUCGAAAACGAUUCAAAAUUAACAUUGCACGGUUUGCGGCAGCACUAUGUAAAAGUCAAGGAAAAUGAGAAGAACAGAAAGCUCUUUGAGCUCCUUGAUGAAUUGCAAUUCAACCAGGUAAUAAUCUUCGUCAAAUCCGUUCAACGAUGUAUGGCUUUGUCUCAGUUACUGGUUGACCAAAACUUCCCUUCAAUCGCAAUGCACCGAAAUAUGGCUCAAGAAGAACGUUUAGAGCGCUACCAAGCAUUUAAGAACUUUCAGAAACGGUUACUAGUGGCCACCAAUCUCUUCGGUCGAGGUAUGGACAUUGAACGUGUGAAUAUCGUCUUCAACUAUGAUAUGCCAGAAGAUUCUGACACUUAUCUGCACAGAGUUGCCAGAGCUGGUCGCUUUGGGACUAAAGGAUUAGCCAUAACUUUCAUAUCAGAUGAAGUCGAUGCAAAAGUCCUGAAUGAAGUACAAAACCGUUUCGAGGUCAAUAUUAGCGAGCUUCCUGACGUUAUGGAAAUAUCCAGUUAUAUGGAGGACCGAUAAUUUGUAUUUACCUGUAUAUUGUUUCUACUCCUGUCUAUAUUUCAAAUGCAAGUAUUCACCAGCC